GGUACGGAGCGUGUUAGCGGCUGCAAAAGAAAGAAUCGCGAUUAAAAAUUCGUCAUGACUUUGUUUGCGUGAAACUUUGCGUUUUUUCGCCGAAUCCGUUACCGAUAAUGGCUUGUGAUAUUUGGUGUUACAGUUCGCUUGGAGCGAGGUGCUUUUAUAGUGAUUCGGUGCAGUGGAAAUCGGUGCUUGUUUGGGUUUUACUGGUGAUAACGACUCUUCUUCCCGCUGUCCAAUCCCAUAAUCAAGGACCUUCAGCCGAUUUUAGCAGGCAUCAGAUAAUAAGGCCAAAAGUUUAUCAUGGUAGAAAUAAAAGGGAGAUUGCAUCGACCAAAGAAAACGACAUUGAGCAUGUCGACGUGCUGACAGUUGGAUACGAGUUAGACGGUGUAAGAAGGAUCCUGGAUCUUCGAUUGAAUACUGAUCUCAUUCCCGUCGGCUUUCAACAACGGCACCAACAUGAGGGUUCUUAUAAAGUUGACACCCCUUCCAAAGUUGAAUUGUGUCAUUAUCAAGGCAGUAUCAGAGACAUGCCUGGUUCAUGGGCUGCGGUUUCCACCUGCAGCGGAUUGAAAGGAGUAAUUUUUGAUGGAGAACAUCUUCAUCACAUCCAGCCUGAGAAGGAAUCUCUCAACUCCAAGCACUUUGUUUAUAAACACAGUGAUCUCGUCACCAAUCACACUUGUGGAUACGAUGGAACGCCACAUGAUUUUCUCGGUGCUGACUUGCAAAAAUUUCACAGAGCCUCCAGGCACAAAAGGGCGACUGAAACAGUGAGGGGUCCCUACAAUGCAAACCGGCAAUCUCGAUAUGUGGAACUUGUUCUCGUAAUUGACAAGAAGGAAUACGCGGCUUUCCACGAAAAUCUCCACAAAGUUCAACAACAUUGCAAGGAUAUUGCCAACAUUAUCAACGCCUUUUACACGCCUUUGAAUAUAUUCGUUGCACUUGUGGGCGUUGAAGUGUGGACAGAUUCGGACGAAAUAAUAAUCUCCGCGAAUGGAGACACCACGUUAUCAAACUUCCUGCGCUACCGCAAAGAAAGGCUAGUCAAGACAAUUCCGAAUGAUAAUGCCCAACUACUGACGAGGAUGCAAUUUGAUGGUGGAGUUGUCGGCAAAGCUUUGAAAGGGCCAAUAUGCACCUACGAAUUUUCUGGAGGGGUUUCGAGUGACCAUUCGAAAGUAGUGGGCGUUGUCGCAGCCACGGUGGCCCACGAAAUUGGCCACAAUUUCGGCAUGGAACACGAUACGCCCGAAUGCGAAUGCCCCGAGGACAGAUGCAUCAUGGCUUCUUCGAGUGGAGCUGCAGGUCCCGUUCACUGGUCAUCCUGUUCCCUAGAAUAUCUCGCUUUGGCUUUCGAACACGGAAUGGACUACUGUCUCAGAAACAAGCCCAAAAAGCUUUUCGACAGUCCCAUGUGCGGCAACAGUUUUGUCGAACCUGGCGAACAAUGCGACUGCGGUCUCAAAGAAAAUUGUGACAAUCCAUGCUGCAAUGCCUCAACUUGUAUGCUUCACGCCAACGCAAGUUGCGCCACCGGGCAAUGCUGCGACCUCAAAACCUGCCGACCAAAAUCGGCUGGUUCUCAGUGUCGCUCCUCAGAACACGAAUGUGAUUUGCCUGAAUUCUGCUCCGGCCAGAGCGAAUAUUGUCCGAAGGACGUUUACAAAAUUGACGGAGAAUCUUGCAACAUGGGAAAAGCGUUCUGCUACCAGGGUUCCUGUCGAACCCAUAACGAUCAGUGCAAAUUGCUAUGGGGUCCCACAGGUACUACUUCCGAUCCACAAUGCUACACGAUGAACAAUAAGGGCAACAAGAACGGAAAUUGCGGAUAUAAUCGAGUCGACUUGGCUUUCGUCAAGUGCUACAAUCAGGACAUUCUUUGCGGAAUGCUUCAUUGUAAGCACUUAAACGAGAGACUCGAGUUUGGAAUGGAAUCGGUUGCUAUUCUCAGUCAUUCGUUUAUAAACGCCGAGGGGAACAUCAUCCCUUGUCGAUCCGCAAUUGUUGAUUUGGGGUUGAACGAAGUCGAUCCCGGUCUCGCACCAGAUGGUGCUAAAUGUGCACCUGGCAAGAUGUGUGUGAACCAAAAAUGCAUGCCAGUAGCAGAUCUGAGAGCGAAAAUUUCGGGCGGAAAGGCUUGUCCAAACAACUGCGGUGGAAACGGAGUUUGCAACAGUUUGGGCCACUGUCACUGCAAUCGUGGUUGGGAGCCUCCUGACUGUACAGAACCCGGAUAUGGUGGAUCUAUAGACAGUGGGCAUGCCGAUGACCCGAACGCGAGAAACGAUUUCGUGACAGCUCUCUACAUCGUUUUCCUGGGCGUGCUGCCCACAAUCGCUUUGAUCAGUCUCGGCGUCUGGUACGCGAAAAACAGUCCAAACAAACAGUGGAAGAAGGGAGCGAUCUCCAAGAUCACUCGUGGAACUUUGAAUUUCAAAUCAAGCGACCGUCAAACUCCCCUGCCUCGAAACAUCGAGACGAUCGAUUCAAGCCUGAGCCAAGACCCAGCCUGUGCAAGUUUGCUUCCCAAAUCCGACUCGGACGAGCGUUACAACAACAACUUCUUCGGGCACUUCAAAGGCUUCAGUAUCACACCCAUGCCCAAUGAAACUUUUCCUGCCGAGCCAACAAAGCCAGCACCACUUCCACCCACAGUUCCCACCGUAGCGAUCAAAACAAACAUCAAACCCCUGCCGAGGAUCAACAAUCUUCGAUCAGCCCUCUCGAGUCCUCCCAUCAAUGAGCCUUCACUCGCCCCAGCCUUGCCACCUCUCAAUCCUGGAAGCACAGCCAGACCUCUAAUCAGCAGUCCAGUCUUGGCUGCCACGACCUGUUCUCUCGAACUAAUCGGAUCGAAAAAAGCCAAAUCCGACACUCCGACUCGUCCAGCCCCCGACAUUCCAAACCGACCUGCACCCGGUCCCGAAAUGCCAACCCGUCCAGCUCCCGAGCCUCCAAAAACAGUUCCAGAAAAGCCUCCAAGACCCACGAGCACGCCUUUGUCUAACAUAAUACUGCCGGAACCGGAAAAGAAGCCUGAAAAGGGAAGCACUCUAAACAGAAUCGCUUCCAUAUUGCGUCCCAAUUCCGGAAUCACGAGUUCCAACUCUCAGCCUCCGCCCGAGAAGAACACUAAUUCCCUUCCUAGGUCUCAGCAUCACAAGGCCAACAAGGUCAUCGACAAGGAGAUUCUCAGGAACCUUGAGAUUUCCAAUCCCAUUCCGCAGUCUCAGAUCGACAUCCCCACAGCAGCCGUUUCCGUUCUCGCGGUUUCGGAAUCCCAGGAGAAGAAGAACAUCGUGACGAGAGCUCAUUCCAUGAGAGAUUCUAAAGUUUCCCCGAGGCCUGCGAUUCAGACCUUCGGAUCCAUGAGACAGACCAACUCCCUGAAGAGACCCACGAGCAUUCCUGCGAGCGCGAGACCCACUUCGCCUCCUCCUGGACCCCCGAAACCUAUACAGGAGAAACUAGAAACUGGAAUGAAGAUUCCGGGGCUUCCAGGCUACCAGACUCCUUCCGUGAAGCCUAUUGUUGACAAUGCUUACGACGACUGUAUGAAUUUGAUUCCUGAGGCUCCCUUGACGAAGAUUACUGAGGAGUCUCAAUCCAGCGAUAAUAUUUACGCGGUGAUUGAAGAGUCGUCUCCAGAGAAGAGUAGAAAGAAGCCGGAACGGAAGAUGGAGGAUAGUGGAUACAAAGCUCCCAAGCCAGUUGAUCUGACUUCGGAGGGAGCCACAGACUCCACGGGAUUAGGUCUGCUAUCGGAAAUCGUUUCGGAGAUAUCCAACAGGAAUUUCGAUUCGAUUUACUCCACCUCGACCCUAGCGAGAAAGAAGAAGGCAAAGGAGGAGGCUGAGAAGAAUCUCGGAACCGGGACUUAUGCCAAUUCGAGCCUCUACAAAUCCCCCGAGAGCAUUUAUUCAAACUCCGAGUCUGGGAACUUUAACUCUGCCAGCUCGACGACCAGUUCUGGCUAUCUUUUACCCUCUGCUAUCAAUAUCCCCGAACAUUUGAAGACUAAGAAGGAAAAGGAAAAGGAUAAACUCUCCUCUCUGGAAUCCAGGAAUCCUAAUAUCAGCAAUGAUAUGUCGAAACAGCUGGGCUUGAAACCAAUGGAGAGUUUCUAUAAAAGUUUCAUGCCAAAAAAGGAUAAAAGAGAAGACAAGCCUCCGACCAAACCGCCUUUCAACCGAACCAAAACCCCUCCAAGCAUCACAAAGGGGAAAAAUGAUACGAAGACUACUCCAAAGUCUGCGAAAGCACUUGCAGAAAAGGGUGCAAAAUCACCCGGUCUAAGAAGUCGGCAAGGUUCAGACACGAGUCUGAAAUCCGACAAAGGUUUGACGAAAUCAGGUAGUUUAGAAAAAUCGACUAAUUUAGGGAACGCAGAAACGGGAGUAGAUAAAAGUGUGCCUUCUAAUUCUAAGGAAGCAAAGUUCAACAGUCCAGAUGUGGUUUCGAGUUGCUCGAAUUCCAACCAGAACAGUACAAAGUCGCCUGAUGUCUUAAUGAGCAACAAGAGUGUGUCAUCGAAAUUAGGUCAAAAAACAUCGACAGGAAAAAGUUUCAAGACACCAACGAUGCCACCGAAACCAACUGGGCUUGUUCAAAAGGCAGCUAGUUUUGCUGAUAAGAAAAAGUCGCCAAGUGCCAGUGUCAGUGUGGUCAAGUCCAUAUCCUUUUCGGCAAAAGAAGGUCAGGGGAAAAAUGAGACGAAAGGAAUGGAAACGGGAGUCAAAACGAGUCUAGUUAACAAAAUAGCGAACAGUAAAUCGAAUGUUGCAUCUCUACAGCAAAAAUUCGAACCUAUUAAAAAUACAAAUUUGACGAGGACUCCGUCAACAGGUAUUAAAAAGCAAACAGGUGAGAAAUUUUUAGAGACACAGACCGUUACUGAUAAAAAAUGUUAGGUGUCGCAGCUAGCGCUUUCCUUCUAAGAUUCUAGUCUUUGGUUUUUUUUUUUUUUAAGUGAAAGAAGGGAAAAGGGACUGGAAUUAAUGUGAAUUUUUCAUAUUACAGUCAAGUUUAAAGUUUAUGAAUAGGUCCCAGUUCAAUUGGACUUUGUUCUAAAACAAUUUUUUUUUUUAGGAAAAAAUGUUUUCUAUUGUUUUGAGUUAAAUCCGAGGAGUUGAUUACUCGGAUUUUUGCUGUAGCGUAGAUUAUAUAAUUGCAAAAGAUUCCAUGGAUCAUAGAAAAUUAUUAUAUAGAAAACGAUUAUAUGAUAAUCUGUAUUGGAAUAAAUAAUACAAAAAUAUUGAAGGAAAUGGUGUAAGAAGUAGAGAAACUGCACAGUAACAGAGGAAAAGUCUGUGAAUUUCCUUGAUGUUUUAUAUAAUCUCUUAGACUUUAAUCAAAAUUUAAUUAAUUAAAUUAAUUAAUUAAAAUCGUAAAAUUCCUCAAAAUAUUCCAAUUAAUUUG